UUUAGAUUUUUAUAUCUUCUGGUUUCCCUCGAACUUGAUGGGAUAUUGAGUUGAGUUCUCAUGUGUCGUGUGUACUUGAAUGCAGCAUAGUGGCGUAACAGUUGCGCAUGCGCCACGGUGUCCAGUUCGACGGUUUGUUUUAUUUUGGCGGCUACAGACGGAGCGGAGAGCUGCUGGACUCUUCAGACAAGAACCAGAAUGGAGGAACAGAACCAGGACCACAACCCCACGAGGAGGAACAAAGCGGGAUCAUCCUCUGACACCACCGGUCGGCAGGUAUCUCCACUCUGGCGAACAUGCCGACCCAGGCCAGUGACUACCUGCAGCCUCUCCUCAGCUUUGCUGCUGCUCACAUCCCGAAGGCCAAACACAAAGGGACACCGCUCUACAUGCUCUGUACUGCCGGGAUGCGGCUGCUGUCCAACAGCCAACAGGCGGCCAUCUUGGAGGACCUGGUCACUGAUGUUCCUCUGGACUUUGACUUCCUGUUUUCCCCCUCACAUGCUGAAGUCAUCUCAGGGAAACAGGAAGGUGUGUACGCGUGGAUUGGCAUCAACUUCGUCCUGGGCCACUUUGAUCAUGCUGAUGAUGAAGAGGACGCCACAGUCGAGGUGGAAACGGGGUCUGAGAACCAGCCGGCAAUCAGCCGGCGCCGCACAGUCGGUAUCAUGGAUAUGGGAGGAGCCUCCCUUCAGAUUGCCUAUGAGGUGCCCGGCGCCAUCACCUUCAGCUCACCACAGGAAGAAGAGGCAGGGAAGGGCGUCCUCGCAGAGUUUAACCUCGGCUGUGACGUGGAGCGAACGCAGCACGUGUACCGGGUCUAUGUCACCACGUUCCUGGGCUUUGGAGGAAACAUGGCCCGACAGCGCUACAAGGACCAGUUGGUCAACAGCACGCUCACCAAGAACAGGUUUCUAAGCACUCAGACAGGUCUGAGCAUGGACAAACCGUACCUGGACCCCUGUUUACCCGUCGGCAUGUCGGACACAGUCAUCAGAGACAACCGCACGUUGUACCUGAGGGGUCAGGGGGACUGGACUCGGUGUCAAGAGGCUGUACGACCUUUCCUGGGUCUCCACAACGGCACCAUGUCCACACGGGGAGUCUACCAGGCUCCAAUCAACUUCAGUAACAGUGAGUUCUAUGGCUUCUCUGAGUUCUACUACUGCAUGGAGGACGUGCUGAGAAUCGGAGGACAGUACAAGAGUGAGAAAUACUCCCAAGCUGCCAAGGACUACUGCGCCACCAAGUGGUCAACACUGAAACAGCGUCUGGACAGCCAGCUGUUCUCCCAGCAGGCCGACAUCAGCAGACUGAAGUACCAGUGCUUUAAGUCUGCCUGGAUGUAUAAAGUUUUGCACUCUGGUUUCCGUUUCCCUGUUGACUACCUGAGCCUGAAAACCGCCCAGCUGGUUUUUGACAAAGAGGUCCAGUGGACUCUGGGGGCCAUCCUGUUUAAAACCCGCUUCCUGCCUCUCAGGGACCUGCAGCAGGAAACUCUGCGACAGAACCACCCCAGCUGGUUGCGCCCCUCCUUCGUCUACAACCACCACCUGUUCUCGCUCUGCAUCCUGGUGGUGAUCCUGGCCAUCCUGCUCUACAUCCUGCGUCUGCGGAGGAUCCACCAGCGGGAGCUGAGGCAAGCUGAGGUUCUGGACCUCCUCUGGGCAGAGGAGGGAGAGGCCCUCCUCCCCUGAGAGACACUCCUGCAGACCUCAAACCCAACGAAUUGGACCAUAAACCACAGGGCCAAAAAUAAAGUGUGUGUGGACCAGAUCCUGGAUGUGGACCAGCAAAGAAGCCAGGAGGUUCUGAUGUAAAGCCAGAAGAUC